UCUGGGGACAGCGUGAGGGCAGCUGGCUCAGGAGUGCUGCUGCGCGUGUCAGCGGGAACGUGUGUAUCAUUGUGUGUGUGUCAGUGCUCUUGAGGGGUCGUUGCGGGGCCGGAGCGGACCCACGCGAGUCUGGGGGUGCUGGUCAGCUCGCCUGUGUCCACGGAUCCGGCACCGUGUCCACACGUUGCGUGGCUUUCCUUCUGUUUGUGUCUCUGUGUGGCUCCUCAGAUCUGCUCUGUCCUCAGGCACAGAACAGCCGGCUCCAAGGGCUCCGUGGGCCUGUGGCAUGGGCUGUAGAGCAGGAUGGGGAGCUGGGCGAUGGUGGAAAGGGGUUCCUUCCCCCACCACCCCAAUCCCCCCCAUGACCCCCUGGGCAUUUUAGGAGCCUGUCCUGAGAAUCCUGGUCUAGUCUAGAGACAGUGAUCUCAACUAGAAAGACUUGGCAAAGGGGGUGGGGGGAGGUGUCUGUCCCACUCCCCUGGGGCUGUCCCCAUCCCCUCGGGGCCUGGACAGCCCAGGCUCCCACCCUGCCCUGCCCAGCCUCUUCUAGGCCUCAAGCCACAGGAAUCUCCCCCUGGAAUCUCCCACAAGUUUUGGCUGCCAGAGGACACAGAUGGGGGACUACAGGCACACCCCAGCCCUCCAUCCACAUCCUGGAGCCAGCCUGGGAGCGGAAGGCUGGGGCUUGGGGCUUGGGGCCUGCAGUCUGGGUUAGACCCUCCAGGAUCACUUCCCCUGGCACACUCAGGUCCAGGUCACCCCUCAGGGGAGCUGGAGGAGGAAGGGAGUGUUAAUAACUCAGUCAUGUAAACAACCCCUACCAGCCUGCCCUGUCACAGAACCGGCCUCUGGGGGAAGGUGAAGGGGCCAGGAGAAUCUGUGCCAACAUGACCUAAGUCUUGCCUGGUGCCGACCCCUUCAGGCCUCCUCUCCUCAGCACCCCUCCUCUUCUCCUCAACCGGUGAAAGGAUCCCGGCCGCCCCUCCAGUCCCUGGAAGGGCGCCACCCUCAUGGCUUCCUGCUCCAGGGAUGGUGGUGUGACCUGGGACAAGGCUAGAGGCGUCCAAAACCUCAUCCCUUCGAUGGAAUGGGGGUGGGUGGGUGGUGCUCUCUGUCCCGGGCUGGGUGAAGGCAGGCCAAGGAUGGCUUCCACAGGGAGGCAGGGGAGUCACGGGGUGGGACGUGGGUGCCUGAGGGGAAGGGAAGCGCCCGUUGGGCGUGUGGGUUUCUGUGUGUGUCUGAAUCUGUCUGUGUGUGUUUGAAUCUGUCUGUGUCUGUGCUCUGGAACCACCCUCGCAGAAGGGCCAGGAUGAUUCCUCGGGUGGAGGGUGCCCUGCUUUCCCAUUUCCUCUCCUCCUCUCUGCUCCCUCCCAGGAGCCACUCCCAUGGGCUCCUCUCCAGCGCGGGCCUGGAAACACUAGGAGCACGGGAUGGCGCAGACCCCCAGGACACGGGGCUGGAGCAGGUGGUGGAGCGCAUCUGGUCCCACUUCCUCUCUGGACGAUUGGUGAAACUGGGGCCCUUAGACCAGGAACAGACUAGAGCCUAGACCCUUCUAGGACACUGUGCCCUGGGAGGGGGCUUGCGUCUGGAACGGUGAAGAGCAGCUUGGCCAGAUGCGGAAGCGGGCAGGGCAGACCUGGGCCAGCGUGUGUGCCCGCGUGCCAGAGCUGGAGAGGAUCAAGAGCCAGUGGUCCAGAAAGCACGGGGUGGCUGGCGUGGGUCACAGCGCCCAUCAUUGACCCGGUGCUGGAGGAGGAAACCGGCGGAGCAGCUUCCCCACUCUCAGUUGCGCGUCUGGCGAUGGCGAUCAGAGGUGCUGCUGCGCUCUCCGCUGGGCACUCCCUCCAUUAGCCGCGCCGCGCCUUGCUGCGCCGUAGCUGGUGCCUCUCUCCCGGGUCACGGGAUCGGCCUCCCUUCCAGGCACGACCCCCUCCCCCGGCCCCUCGGCCUUUCCCCCCACUCCGCCAUCUCCGACCCGGGGCGCGCGUUCCCCCCGGCCCGGCUCCCUCUCUCCCUCCGGGGGCACCCGCUCCCUAGCCCCGGCCCGGCCCUCCCCGCAGCGCAGCACGGAGUCUCGGCGUCCCAUGGCGCAACCCACGGCCUCGGCCCAGAAGCUGGUGCGGCCGAUCCGCGCCGUGUGCCGCAUCCUGCAGAUCCCGGAGCCCGACCCCUCCAACCUGCGGCCCUAGAGCGC